AAUGGUUAAGUAUCAAUUUACAAGUUAAGAUUCAGAGUAAUAGACAAUCCAAUUAGAGAGAUUAUAAGAUAUUGUUGAAAAACAAGCAAAGAUAAUUGAAAAGUUGGAAAAUAAUAAUAAUGAUUUGAGGUUGUAAGUUGAGAAACUGUCCUUAUUAUUGGAGAAGCAAUAAGACAAAUAUUCAAAAGAUAGUAAUUUAUUUGAAAUCAAAGAUCAAAUCGAAGGUUAAGAUGGUUCUAUAAUGUAACCAGAGAAAAUAGAAAAAGCUUUUGUUUAAAAUUCAUAGAGUCUUUUCCCUGUUCACAUCGAAUAAACUAUACAUCAACAAACUAUAACCCUUUUUAAUUAAUAACCAUUUAAACUAAACAACAUUUAGGAAGAUAGUGAUAUAUGUUCUAAAAAUGAAUAAUAAUAAGACUAAUCCAAGGUGAAUGAUUAAUCCUGCAGGGAAUAACAAUAGUCUUAAUUAAAUGAUUCUAGCCGUAAUUCCUCAUUAAUUUAGAAUAAUAUUUAACAAAACCAAAAAAAAAGUAAUCCCUUUGCUGUUGAUGAUUCUGCAUAAUCUGUUGAGGAUAGUGAAUAAAAUUAUAAUAUUUUUGGUUAACCAAAGAAAAAUGAUCAGCCAUAAGAAUAAUAAUAAACUAAUUUAUUUUAAAUAAAUUAACCUCCUGAAAAUUAAAAUGAAGCGAUGAUUCUGGAAGAAGAGGUGUAGGAGGAAGAAGAAGAAGAACCCUUGAUGUUUGGAGAUCCUUCAUCAAUUUUUUAUAAAAAUCCUAUAGCUGAUCAAAAUAAAGUAGAUAAAGCUUGUGAGUUUGAAGAAAUAUUUAAGGGAUUUUAAAUAAAUGAAAAUUAAGAAGCAAAUUCUUAGUAAAAUAUAAAAGAUAAAAGUGACGGUUCUGGUAAGCUUAAUUAAGAUGAAGAGGACUUGUAAUUUGAAGAAAAUAAUGAAGAAUCAAUUUGA